ACAUGUGUGCUGGACAGUGAAAUUGCUCAUUAAGUCUGUCAAAUUUCCAAGCUGUGGUCAAAGUGAAGUUCUGUUACAAGUCAACAGAAAGUGGCAGCCAUGACCUCAGCCACGCCCCCGUCCUCUGAAGGCUCCUCCCCUCAGAAGGUGUGCCACUCCCAGACGCAGACCGACAUCACCAAGCCUCUGCUGGGCUCCACAGGGGAGAACGGAGGUGCUGGUGCAGGAGGAGCAGGAGGAGGAACGGGAGCCGGAGGGCCCAACGCUCUGCGAAGGAGGCGCCGCGUUCUUUCCAAAGAUGGCCGAAGCAAUGUGCGCAUCGAGCAUGUCAGUGGUCGAGGGGCGUUGUACCUCCGUGACCUCUGGACCACUUUCUUGGACAUGCAAUGGCGCUACAAGUUCUUCUUCUUUGCUGCCACCUUUGCUGGGACCUGGUUCCUGUUUGGAGUGCUUUGGUACCUGGUGGCCCUGGUGCAUGGAGACCUGCUGGAGUUCGACCCCCCCUCCAACCAUACACCCUGUGUGAUGGAGGUGAAAACCCUGACGGGAGCCUUUCUCUUCUCCCUGGAGUCUCAAACCACCAUCGGCUACGGUUUCCGGUGCAUCACCGAGGAGUGUCCGGUCGCGAUUGUCCUGCUCAUCGUUCAGCUGGUCAUCACCAUGGUGAUGGAGAUCUUCAUCACCGGCACCUUCCUCGCGAAGGUUGCUCGUCCUAAGAAGAGAGGUGAGACGGUGAAGUUCAGUCAACACGCUGUUGUGUCGAAUCAUGAGGGGCGGCCGUGCCUCAUGAUCCGAGUGGCCAACAUGCGAAAAAGCCUGUUAUUAGGAUGCCAGGUGACGGGGAAGUUGCUUCAGACGUCCCUGACAAAGGAGGGCGAGACGGUGAGGCUGGACCAACGCAACGUGCCGUUCCAGGUGGACACGUCCAGCGACAGCCCCUUCCUCAUCAUCCCCCUGACCUUCUACCACUUCAUCGACGACAACAGUCCCCUCAGAGCCUGGGCAGCAAAAGGUGGUGGCUGGACAGACCCCGAGCUGGCCGACUUCGAGCUCCUGGUGAUCAUGAGCGCCACGGUCGAGCCGACCUCCGCUACCUGCCAGGUGCGGACCUCCUACCUUCCUGACGAGAUCCUGUGGGGCUACGAGUUCCCCCCCGUCGUCUCCCUGUCCCCGUCUGGAAAAUACGUGGCCGAUUUUGCCUUUUUUGACAAAGUGGCCAAAACCAAAACUCCCCCCCUUUUUAAGCAGACCCUGCCCCCGAGCUCCCCGUCGCAGGCGUCCCAUUUCCGGGGCGGCAAGGAGGAUGGGACGGACCCGGAGAAGAUGCGACUGGAGGAGAGCUACAGGGGGGAGGAGAGGGGGAGGGAAAGGGGGCGAGUCAGAGAUAGCAGCCCACUCAGUGUUCGUAUCAGCAACGUGUGACGGAGACGAACGGAAAGAUGAUGUGAAACCGAGAUAAGGUGAAGACAGGAAGAAAAACAAAACGAGCUGAAAGCCACAUUCUCACACAGAAACUGUCACUAUGUUCCCACACAGAGCACAUGUUUAAGUGGUGGACCACACGGCCACCUGGCUUCUCAGCCACCAGAGCCCUUCACCAAACACAGUCACAGUCAACACCAGGCGGUAGAGAAAAUACUGAAGACACCUACAAGCAGCCUCAAAAGGACCUGGCUUGUGCAAAUGUGCAGCACAAAGCCAAGUAAUCUGCAGAGAAACUAACUGAUAUUCAAUUCAUUUUGGGGGAAAGGACUUGAUUUACUUCAACACUGCGAAAACCUUUGUCUGAGCAGGCCGUUUUUUUUGUCUUCAUUUAUUCAAAACAAGUGAUAAAAAUUCAGGGCAGCAGAAAUCAUUUAAAGAAUUUUCUAGCAACGAUAUGGAUUCUUGAACGGAGAGGAAGAACUCUAAAACCUGGCUUGAUUACAUGAUUUCUGCAGUGAAGGUUGGAUGUGUUCAUCACUGAAUCACAGUACUGUUUUUUUUCUUCUUCUUCUUCUUUUAAAUUAAUAUUAAUAAUAAAAAACCUGCAACAGGUGGCAAAAAUACUGGAACCAUGUUUUGGUAAAGAGGGAUCUCCAAGGAAUGUAUCAUAUUUUAUGUACCCAGUAGUUUCUAACAACGUCAUUACCUGAAAAUAUGCUCUUUGAUAUAUGAAUGUCCUGUUUUUUUUUUUAAGGUAAAUAUGUUUAGUAAUAUUACUAAAAGCACUUUAACUUGAAAGAAAAGUGGCAUUUUACACGAGAAGAAUAACUGAACUAACUUCAAUACUUAAUGCACUGUAUUAAGUGAUUAAACCGUGCGGUUCUGUUGAAAGCUUGUGGGUCCGAGUGUACGUUUACACUUGCAAAUGAGUGUGAUAAUACUUUUUGUACGAAGUUUUUGUGAACUGUUUUAUGUACAGUAUGUUUUCAUGUACCUCUGUACAGUAUGUUAUAAAUAUUUUUUCCUAUAUUCUUAAUUUCUGUAUGUUUUUGACAUUUGGUGCACAGCUUUCCAUUAUACCAUAUUAAUUGCUGUCAGUGCACGAUGUUAUUUCUGUAAAGUGCAGUAUAUAUAUAUAUAUAUGUGUGUGUGUGUGUGUCUUUGUACUGCUGUUAUUUUUACAUACAGUGGUGUCUAAUCAACUGCUUCACUGACAUUUUCUCUCUUUUUUUUUUGUUUUUUUUUACUGUGUUUGGAAAACAGAAACAGACACAUUCAGCAUACAUCAAGUUAUGGUACCAGUUUAAAGAGACUCCAAUUUUCGUAAUUGUGACUGAAGUGAUUGAAAGGUCAACAAAGUAUGCAGAAGAAUUAAUCAUAUAUAUACUUUUUUUUUUUAGCAUCCUUUUGAAGAUGUCCAAAAUAUAAAGAUAUAAAUUCUUCACUGCUACCAAAAGUAUCUUAAUCUGUUUUAAAUUUGUGUUCUUGACAAUAUUAUAAGAUUAAGUGCCGCUAUUCAAAUGAAAUCAUCUGCUGCUCCAAACAAUGAAAAAUAUUCGUCAUGAGGGUCCGGUGAGAGUUUGUGUUUACCGCAUGGCCGACUCUGUACUGUGUGUUGCCCCAAGUCCUGGAAGCUCAUUGGUCUCACUGCUAAUGUAGUUUUUAAGUGCCUCUUUUAAUAAAUGUAUUAUAUGGAACAUCA